AUGGCGCCGACUCCCUUGACCAAGCAGAUGGAGCAAGCUACCAAGAAGGAUACAAAAGCAGCCGCUCCAUCUCCCAAUGGUAAGGCCAACCUCCUUGCUUCUGCUUUCGUGACCGCUCCUGGUCCCAAGAAAGCCAUGCAAGCGACCGAGAACAAGAUGGGCGACGCGGCCAAGAUCUACGAGCUCUCCCAUGCCGACCGCAAGGUCCUGGCUACAGGACCAAAAGUGCAAAUCGUCGACAGCGAGGGCAAGCUAGUGGCCGAGAUGCCCAUCGCUCUCUUCCGCGCGAUCUCCAUCAAGAAGGAGAUGGUAGCUGGCCCCAAUCCAGUGAUCAAGCUGCCAGCAGAACUUGACGUCCGUAUGGUCCAGGACCUGAUCAAGCACUUCAACGAGAUCACCACCUUCAAGAAGUACGCGAAAGAACUGCACCCGUACCCAGCCCCGGGAACAUGGGAAGACAUUCAGCUAUGCAGCGCCGCAGACUUCCUCGGUAUGAUGGCGUACACCCAGCGCAUUUUCAACCGUUACUGGGCCCUCAUCCGCGCGGAGCGUCUACCAGAGUACUCGGACAUCGACGCCUUCUCCACUGUCCAGACACCGAUCGGCGAGAACCUCUUCCGCAAAACCGUAACCAAGCUCGCGCAGCUCGACCUCGAAGGCAAGAUCCCCGACCCAGAGGACUACGCGGCCUAUCUUGUGCACAACGAGCGGUUUGGUCUAGCUGUCACCGAAGCAAAGGAGAAGAUGCAGAAGCAUCAAGACUACGUUGAGCGCACGGCCAAGCGGGAGGCGAACGCGAAACAGAAGACCGAUGCCGAUCAGAUGUGGUCGCAGCAGCGGAAGCUGAAUGAGAAGGAGAAGGCGGAUAAGGACAAGGCGAAGUGGGAGGCGGCGAGGAAGACGGAGGCGGAGCUGGCUGCUCGUGUCCAGGCAAAAUGGGUGCAGCCGGGGAAGAAGCAUUGGACUGCGGAGGAGGCGGGGUAUCUGCGCCGUGUUCGUGGGAUUAACGUGGCUAUUUAG